AUGAAUCUUCUUAAGCGAAAGUUGCUUGGUGGAGCAAAUAAUUUUGAAAAUAGUCGAAAAGGUAUUACUAGCCUAGCAAUUCUAUCAUCUGUUGUAGGACUUGAUAUGUCACCGCAGUCUAAAUUUGCUUCAGAGCUUGUAGCUUCACAUAUGGCCACUUGUCUUGCCGUAUCAGAGGAUAGAGAACGGUUAAUUGUUGUUUAUCCUUCUGAACCCUUGUUAUCAGAGGCUGCUUUUGAAUUAAUGUCUGCUUCAACAUUGUCACAAAUAUUAACUCAGUUCAACAUUUUACUUAAGAAGGGUAUUGUAGAACCUGGUCCUCGAGGAGAAAUUGUUGCACGAAUUAUUCUAGUUCUUGUAGCUUAUAGAUUGAGGGCACAAAGAGCAGAAAAUAGUGUUAAAGCAUUUCUUAACGAGCUUUAUAAAGAAGGUUCUAUGCCAGAUUUGAGAGAUGCUAAGCAAGAAUUUAUUGAAGGAACAGUUGCAUUCAUACAUUUUAAUGCAAUUGAAUAUGUACCAACAAAGAAAACUUUAGAAGAGUUUUAUAUAAGAAGGUGUGCCUUUAUUAUGAAACGAAACCACCCUGGUGCAGAUAUUUGCAUUCCUGUUAAAUUAGUAACUGGCGGAUAUAGUAUAAUUAUCAUUCAAAUCAAGAAUAUUAAUUCUUCAUCUGUAAAAGCUGAUGAAAAUUAUCCUUUUUCUGCUAGAUCUAUGUUUAGUUGUAAUUAUGUGUUUGAUAAUUCGGACUUAAAAGAGCAUGAUGAACAAUAUCUUUGUUUAUACUGGCAACUUCAUUUUCAAGGACAUUAUCAGGAGAUUCCUAAACUUCAAGAUACCCGCUCUUCAGAAUCUAGAAAGCUAAAUAUAUAUUGGGCUUCUUUUGGCUUUAAUCAUUUUAAAAUGAUUAAAGACAUUGCUAGUAUUCUUAAAGACAUUUUGGUUUCUCACAUUUCACUAUUUGAAUCCGAAUGGUAA